CCAUUUUCCCAAUAAUUGGAAUAUGAAGCGAGAGCUAGCACCAUUUAACCCAGCAGUGGUAGUAAAGCCUAUUCCAAGUGUGGAUCAAGGGCAAAAUCGAAUUGCAGUGCAGAAAUCAGAGUAUUACCCUAGCGACAUCGGAAGGCGCUAUGUUUCAGUGCCAAUAUACACCACUGGAAAUAUCACUGCUGGAAAGAAGACAAUGGAUAUACCUUCGUCCUAUUCUGUAUCUUCUGCGACUCCCUACUCGUUUGUAUUGACUCUCCAAUCCGAUCCGACUGCUGUGAUCGCAGUUCCCUACUAUCGGACGGAAGAAAGUGUGAUAAACGGUAAGCGCAGCAUUUCGGUGAGUACUUUCUAUCCGAGCACCAUUGCGCAAGCAACUCCACCAGCCUCCGAAAAUAUAAUUGGAAAGAAAGCUUACUUUUUGCCCGUGACAAGUGAUCAUUUAAAAUCGGCUUUUGUUUAUCGUGAGAGCGAGAAAUCUCCAGUGGAGCUCAUGGGACAAAAUUCUACCUCGUCUUCGAAAUCUACCUAUUCUCAAGCCACAGACGGUUCUGUCGCGCUCUCUACUCUCUAUUCUCAACCCGUCAACUCCAUGUCUCCUGAAAUGAAUGCUAAGCGACAAAAACUCGGGACGGAGAGCGAGGUGAUAACCCUCUCCUUCUGGAAAGAUGAUCAGUUCACUUGCAUUCACUCACAAAACACACCAGAAAACUCUUCCUCUGCCGCCUCUACAUUCACAAACGAGGUUUGGAAAUCGAAAGACAUUCUUCUUCUGCGCGAACUCAUCGCGUAUCUCCUCCAGAAUCCGUAUCUUCGUGUUUCCGUACUCGGAUUUCUCUCUUCUUCGAUCGCAUCUAGGAGAUUCCUCGACUGUUUUCAAACGAUGAAAGCGACGCGAUUAAGAUCGCGAACAUUCUCGUAG